GGAAGCUCGCGGGCGCCGUCGACGCCGAAGGAAAAACGGUUUUGUUCGCGAGCGGUUGGGGCUCGAGCUCCGUCGUCGUCAUCAUCAUCAUCAUCAUCAUCAUCACCGCCGCCGCCGCCGCCUCUAACGCUCUCCGAGAAACAAACCAAACACAACCCGCUUCUCCCUUCGCUUAUUUUAACGCGUCAGGACGAUGAGUGAGGCCGAUAAGAAGCAGCACAAAAAGCAAGCGGUCCACCAGAGCAAAACCGCGGGGACGGCCAACGUGUUUACCUGUAAGACUAAGGAAGCCUUGAAUGAUGUUAAACCAUCUGGAUCAAAAGCAGAAACUAAAAACAAGGGGGCAAAGGCCUCUUCAGUUGAUGCAAAAUCUGCACCAACAUCGUCUAUAGAGUACAAAUAUGGGUCAUCAUAUCUGGAAGAACGCCUAAAAGAAAUGGGCUCAUUGGUUCCUUUGAUUGGACUGAACCAUGUGAUUGAAUAUCAGUCUGAGGGGGCACCAGAUCCACUGUUCUUCUGCAGGCUUUGUGGCUAUCGAGGAGGAUUUUCCUCGUUCCUGUCACAUUUAUUUGGUUAUAAACACCGGCUAAAGUACAUAUCAAAAGAGUAUCCAGAAGCACUACAACUUGAAGGAGCAAAACUAAAGCAUUCGGAAAUGAAUGCCCUGGUUAAAGAAAAAGCCGCAUUAAUUGAAAAACUUGACGGAAGAGGGAAAGUUAAGAUCGUCCUUGAUGAGUUGAAACAUGUAAGGAAGCCUCCGUUAAAAAGAAGUAAAGAUGAGUGUGGGCCAUCAGACCCCUACUUUUCACAGCAUAGCAACUUUGAAAAUAGUUUUGAUCAGCGGGGUAACGCAAGAGGUUCCAGUUCAUAUGAAAAGAGAAUCUCAUGGUCUCAAGAUUUCAGGUCAUUUGAUGAAACUUUGCAAAAUGAUUGGGGGAAAUCUAGCAGAUCUGAAGGAAACUUUCAUAUGGAUUGGCAUUGCGAUGAUAAACGAGAUUCCCGUGAUGACUACAGGAGAGAAGAGCAAGUGAGGAACCGCCAGGAUGCUUACAGCAAAGGUUCUGAUAUUGAUGAUCGUUGGAUGCAGAAUGAGUUUGAACCCUACCAGUCAGAAAGUUCCUCCAGAUCUGCCUAUUUAAACCAGGAACUUUUUGAGUAUUUGCAACAUUUUCAAAUAAUGAAUGACCGUGAUGCCAGCUUUGCCCUAAAGGUUACACAGAGUCUCACUGAUGGACUGAUGGAAUAUCGCCUCAAGACAAUAACUGGAUUAACCCAAGACAAGAGACCUCUGUUGGAUGAGGUACCGGAUAAAUAUGAAUCUUACAUGUUUGGUGAAGCUCCGCCUGGUUCUUUGUCAAAAAGUUCUCCAAGUUGCAAUGUUCCUUUCUGUGGGCCGGGACCAAGACCUUCUCAAAGAGCCAAUGUUCUGCUGUCUGGGCUACGACCAAGACAUUCUCAAGGAUCUGAUGUUCGUUUGUCUGGUCCACCACCAAGAGACUUUGAUAGACCAGAUGUUUAUUUCUCUGGUCAACCACCAAGAGGGCCUCAAGAAUUACCAAGAGGAUGGUAACUCCAAUCACUUCAGACCUAUAAAAUUGGGAGAAGAAAACCUUUUUUUUCCAAUGCUUCCUUUCUGCUAUUUUAACAGUUUGCUGCAGGUCUGAAAAAAANUUCAUGGCUCUAUAGUCCAACUUUUUUUUAGUUCUGCAUUGUACUAAUGAAAUAGCUUCUUCUAAUAAAUCUUCCUCUAAUUUUCAAA